AUGUCUUCUGUCAUCGAUCUUUCCCUCCUCAAGGGAACCCCCGAGGAGAAAGCUGCUACUUCGGCAGCACUUUUGCACACACUCAAGACCCGGGGAGUGGCUCAACUGAAGAACCAUGGCCUCCCAGAAGACCUCAUUUCGGAGAUGUUUGACUAUACUCGUCGGUUCUUCUCACUUUCACUAGAAGACAAGAUGACGGCCAAACACCCUCCUCAAGCCAAUCCCAACCGUGGCUACAGCUUUGUUGGACAGGAAUCUGUCUCUGCCAUUAGUGGCUACGAGAAGGGUCUCCCCCAAGGACAAGCAGUCCGUGACAUCAAGGAAACCCUUGAUAUUGGAGCCGCGAACGAUGACCUCGUAGACAACAUCUGGGUUGCCGAUGAGAAACUGCCUGGGUUCCGCAAAUUCAUGGAAGACUUCUACACAAGCUGCUUCAAGGUAGAGCUAGAAAUUCUUGACGCGCUCGCCCAAGCUUUGGGCGUCUCAUCCUCAGACCUCAGAGCCCUCCACAGCAAGGCCGAGAACGAAUUCCGCCUCCUACACUACCCAGCUAUCCCCGCAUCCGAGCUAGCUGAUGGAACAGCCACCCGAAUUGCGGAGCACACUGACUUCGGCACUAUCACUAUGCUGUUCCAAGACUCCACCGGUGGUCUUCAAGUCGAGGACCAGCAGAACCCGGGCGUGUUCCGAGGGGUCGAGUCUGGAGGCAAGUCGGAAAUUAUUCUCAACAUUGGCGACUCGUUGCAGCGCUUGACCAACGAUACAUUCCGCGCAGCUUGCCACCGCGUUACGUACCCACCCACUAUUAAGGUGGGAUCGGAUGAAUUGAUCCCUGAGCGCUACUCCAUUGCAUACUUCGCCAAGCCGAAUCGCGUUGCAUCGCUCUUCCCGCUGAAGAAGUUUAUCACACCAAGCACGCCGUGCAAGUAUGAGGAUAUCACAGCUUGGGAUUAUAACAAUCUUCGCAUCGCCAAACUGUUUUCUUAG